CAUCAUCGUCGCCGCCCUCACGACGACAAUCCCACCAACACCGACGACGAGACCGCGAAACGACAAGAUGCAGAUCUUCGUCAAGACCCUCACGGGAAAGACUAUCACCCUCGAGGUGGAGUCAUCCGACACCAUCGACAAUGUCAAGUCCAAGAUCCAGGACAAGGAGGGCAUCCCCCCGGACCAGCAGCGUCUGAUCUUCGCGGGCAAGCAGCUCGAGGACGGUCGCACCCUCUCGGACUACAAUAUCCAGAAGGAGUCGACUCUCCACCUCGUCCUUCGUCUGCGCGGCGGUAUCAUCGAGCCAUCGCUCAAGGCCCUUGCGAGCAAAUAUAACUGCGAUAAGAUGAUUUGCCGGAAGGUAAGCAGGACCCGGUACACAUGUCCGCAUGUCUUGGUCUUUUCGACGUCUGAAAGCCUGGAGCAUGUUGGGAUGUUGACUUCCAUUUGAAGACAUAUGCUAAUAACCCGUACGCAGUGCUACGCGAGGCUUCCACCGCGUGCCGUCAACUGCCGAAAGAAGAAGGUAGGAGCUUCUAUGGUGGUUCCGCAAUUAGCUUUAACACUCUUUUCUAGUGCGGCCACAGCAAUCAGCUCCGACCGAAGAAGAAGCUCAAGUGAGCGGUUCGCGCAACGGCGUCUGGCGAGUCAAGGUGGAU